AUGACGACGCUGCUGGACCUUAAAAGUAGUGUGCUGAGGCAGGUGCAGAGGAGCCAGUCGCUGAGGAGCCGAAGGGAGCCACCGCCCACCGCCAGCAGCCCCCUCACACACUGUCCUGAUCCCUUACCUCGCAGAGUUGUUACUUGCUGUGAGCGGGCCAUGCACAAGCUGCCUCUCCCCCAAGGACACAUCAACCACACUAUUACAUGCACACGAGCCAGUUUUUCUUUGAGAGUUUCUGUUAUGAAGGCAAAGAAUCUGAUGGCCAAGGAUGCAAAUGGGUACAGCGACCCCUACUGCAUGCUGGGAAUCCUGGUGGGCCAGAGCCCGCGGGAGAUGGAGGAGAAGAAGGAGAGAAAGUUCAGCUUCAGGAAGAGAAAGGAGAAGCUGGAGAAACGUUCCAGCACCAAGGAGGUGUUACCUGCGAAGUGUAUCCAGGUGACUGAGGUCAAACCAGAAACUCUCAACCCAGUGUGGGACGAGCACUUUGUGUUUGAAAUAGAUGAUGUUCACAAUGACCUCUUACAUCUCGACAUAUGGGAUCACGAUGAUGACGUGUCUGUUGCUGAAGCCUGCAAAAAGCUCAAUGAAGUCAGUGGACUUCGUGGAAUGGGCAGAUAUUUUAAGCAGAUAGCAAAGUCAGUGCGUUCCAAUGGAUCUGCAUCAUCUGGUUCCGAGGAGAACGCUGAUGACUUCCUCGGAUGCAUCAACAUCCCCUUGAAUGAGAUCCCAGUUGUUGGCUAUGACACCUGGUUUAAGCUGGAGCCCCGAUCAAGUACUUCUAAAGUUCAGGGAGAAUGUCACCUGAUAUUGAAACUCUUCACCAGCCAGAGGGACACAGCUCUAUCUAAGAAAGACUCAAAUGUCUCUAUUCACAAAAAACUGCUGAGUCAGAUUGUGGAAUACGAGCACACUCACGUUAAGAGAGAGCCCUACAAUUGGAACGGGCAAGUUUGUCCUCCAGCAUGGACUGUACUGGCUCACCAUGCUGUGCAAACUGAUCUCUCACCUCUCCAACAGGCCAUUAUCCGCUGGCAGUGCUACAGCAGCCACCAUCGGACCCAGAGGGUGUGCUACUCCCUGCUGCUACGCCUCCUGAGGACCAUCGAUGCAGAGUGGGACCCUGCCGCUGUGAGGGGUGACCUGGAGAGGCAGCUGUCAGACAGCUUCAGGCUGUACACAGAGCACUGCCUGUGUCUGAUGAAGAACAUGCGUCAGGUUUUCCCCUGCACCAGCGCUGCUGCCAUUACACGCUACGAGCUCAUGUUGAGAGGGAUUGGCUACAUGCAAAACAUGCAGGCGUUUAAGACUGUAUGUCCCCUUCGAAAUGAACUGCAUUUGGACAUCACUACUGUCGUCAAGAAAGGAAGUGCGGAGUGGUACGAGAGCUUAAUUGCACGAUAUAAACCAGAGGAGGGGACUCUGGAGGAGCAGCUGAAGAAGCUGGUUCAGGUGGUUGAUGGUGUGUGUGCAGACGUGCAGAGAGCCCAGAACAUCUACAACAAACUCUUCUACAGUGCAGUGAAAGUAGAUUUCCUCAGCAUAUCAUACCGGCAGUUGGAGAAACAGGUAGCUGAUGAUGUAAAUGUAGCGAUGGAGCGGGUUUGUGGGACUUUGGAGCAGGAGAGCUCCAGACUGACUCAGACAAUGGGAGAGACCAUCUUUGAGCUCUUCAUGUCCUUGAAAACCCUCAAAGGCUUCCGGGAGUUUCUUCCGCUCAAGGAUGCUAAAAUGUUGGCCUUGACAGGCUUUCAUAACUGGUUCAAGUCCUCGAUUCAUAAGUGGCUGCAGAUUGUUCAUGACAGAUCCUGUGACAGAAUUCGUAAGGCUGUGGAAACAGACAAGCUCGAGCCUGUGCAACAGGCCAAACACAGUUCUUCAGCAGUGGAAGUGACAACGUGCUUCAGCCAGGUACGCGAGAUCUGGCUCCAGCUGGCCUGGCCAGACUCUGCGGGGGCCUUCAUCUUCAUCACUCGUUUGACAGACAAUUUCUGCAGUGAGGCUGUGUGCUACUCAGAGAUGAUCACACGCAAGAUUGAGAGGAACCAGCAGGGCCAAGACCACAAGAGCUUCACAGUGCAGAUCUGCAUUGCCCUGAACAACACAGAGCAUGUGCGCGUUUUCCUGGGUCACCUGCCCCGCGACCUGGACUGGCAAGGUGUGGAGCGGGCAAUGGAGGAGUCCUGUGGGGUGGAGGGGAAAGAGCAGGUUUACAAGGCUCUCAAUGGGCAGUUGUUCAAUAUGGACCUGGACCUACAAAGAGAAGCCAAACGCCUCAUCACACUGCUCACUGACAAGAUGCUGCCUGAGCUGCGGAGGUACAUCCAACACAUCAGCCUGUCUCCAGACUCCAUCAACAAUGAUGAGGCUGUGGCCCCUCUUAUGAAGUACUUACAAGACACAAUGGUCAUCCUCACUCAAAACCUUGUAAAGGAGAAUCUGACUAGAGUUCUUCAAAGCAUGUGGGAGCUGCUCCUGCGAAUGAUCCUGGAUGCGGUUGCAGAAAACAGGGGCGUUCAGGUGGAGUUCUACAACCGGUUCCAGUACACAGUGGAGACCUUGCUGCAGUUCCUCCAUGCUAAGGGGGAGGGUCUUUCCCUGGAAGACAUGAAGAGUGGAGACUAUAAGGUCCUGGAUGAGGAGCUCAGGCUGAAUAAAUGCUCUUCCUUUGAGUUGAUUGAACAGUACUAUCUGGAGAAGAUUUCCCAACAGAAAACACUCAAACAUACCCGUUACGGUCGGAUCAGUGUGAAGUGCUACUAUGAUGCUCCAGAGCAGAGACUGACGGUAGAGAUUCUGCACGCUGCAGAUAUCAUUGCACUGGAUGCCAAUGGUCUGAGUGACCCAUUUGUCAUAGUGGAGCUCUGUCCUCACCACCUGUUCCCUAUGGCCAAGAGUCAACGCACGCAAGUGAAACUUAAGACACUGCACCCAGUAUUCGACGAACUUUUUUAUUUCCACGUCAGUCCUGAACAGUACAGACACAGGUUUGCCUGUUUGACCUUCACUGUGAUGGACUAUGACUGGCUUUCCACUAACGACUUCGCCGGUGAAGCUGUGGCUCCUCUCAGCGACUUCUGCUGGCCAGGGAGACCAAAUGCCUCACCAGCUGGCAAGAGUGUCCAGCCUGUCAUUCUCCACCUGUCUCGCAGUAAACCCAGUGAGAAACCAAUCAUGAGGAUGCUGGACGCUCGCAUCGGAGACAGGGAGGCUCAGGAGUUUGUCCGCAGGCUGAAGGAGAUUGAGAAGUCAAUGGAGGAAGAGUAAAAGCUGUCAGCGCUGCUGUAUUGGUGUUUUCCGACCACGUCUUGCAACAUGUGCUUUUGUACUGGUACGAUGUUUACAAUGUUUACAAUAUUUGAAUUUUUUCCAAUGUUAUUGUUUGUUCAGUAAUUAUACCAAAAUGAAAAGAAAAAAAGAAACAGUGAAGCUUAUCGCUGUUUUCUAACUGGGAGAUGAACAUCCUGUCACUGUGCAAC